CCAGCUCAAAGCAAAAACAAACUCUUUUAAGAGGCAGAUCAAAAGGGAGUCAGUUUAGGAGUCGUUUGAGUCUGGAGUCACAUUCUUGGAGGAGAGUUGGAGGACGAUUGAUCAGAGCAGAUUCAUAUCCGAGUUCAGACAGUUCAGUUGAGAUGUCGGACGAGCUAGCUUCCACACUUGCUUCCUUUCAGGAGUUCAUGGCCGGAGUCAGUAGACGCUUGGAUCAGAUAGAGAGUUCUCGCCAGGAUCCUCAUCCGGCUGGCAUGGUCACUGACGAGACGAUUCCUCAUGCAUCUCAGACAGCACAGACUCGUCCACCUGGGGUUUCACUUGGUACUCCAUUCCAUCUGGCAGAUCAUUAUGAGACCAUUCCACCACCUACUGUCACAGUGCCACCUCCCAUGGUUCCCACUAUUGAGGAUACUCGAUUAGCCGAGCAGGAGGCCAAGGUUGAGAGGCUUGAGUCCAUGAUGAGACGGAUCAGAUUGCAGGACGGAGGUUUGACUUGGGAUGACAGAGACGGCAUACCGGCGGCUAGCUUGCCCGCCAAGUUUCGUAUGCCAGACAUCGAGCGUUACAGUGGGAUUGGUUGUCCCAAGAUCCACUUGAGACUGUUCAGCACGGUCAUGAGGGCACAUGGUAUCGAUGAUGCGCAGUUGGUGGCCCUCUUCCCUAUGUCACUUAGUGGAGCAGCUCAGAGGUGGUUUGCUUCGGUUGAGCCUUCGAGACUCCGCACCUGGGGGGAUGUGGCUCAUGAGUUCUUGACUCAGUUUGCUUUCAGUGCUGAUAUUGACGUAUCUAGACGAGAGUUGGAGGCCACCAGGCAGAGGCCAGACGAGUCUAUUUCUUCCUUUGUCACUCGUUGGAGGGCAAAGGUGGCUGGUAUGAUAGACCGGCCUAAGGAGCAGGAUCAGAUUGAUAUGGUUCUUCGGAACCUACAGCCGAGGUUCGCGAGACGUCUUGUGGGCGUCCCAUUUCAGGAUCUCAAGAGUCUGGUUCAGGCAGCUUUCAGUGUUGAGGAGGCCAUCGCUCGAGGAUUAUGGACGGAUGUUACUCCUUCCCCUGACAGUAAGGGGAAGAAGCCGAUUGGAUCAUUUGGUAGAUCUGGAGAGGUUGGCGCUAUUAGCUAUCAGUAUCGGAGGCCCGCACAUCACUCGCCUUACAGACCUCCUCCAGUCAGAGCUCCUUUCUCUCUUCCACAGUAUCAGUAUCAGCUGGAUUAUGCUCAGGAGCCUUACAUUGCUCAGACUAGCAUGCAGCCGCGACCACCACAUCCGAGAGUCGCUAUUCACCCACCGCCUAGACCAUAUGCACAGAGAGCCACGAGACAGUUCACUCCGUUAGGCAUGACUUUGACUAGAGUUUUUGAGAAGCUCAGGGACGCUGGAGUGAUUGUUCCUUUGGUGCCGAGGCCUUUGCCCCAUCCUAUUCCUCCUCAUUUCCGUUCACAUGAGCACUGCUUGUAUCAUCAGAUUCCAGGGCACGAUACUGAGCGUUGUUCAGCACUCCAUCAUGCGAUACAAGAUUUGAUCGAUUCAGGGGUGGUUGACUUGGCUAGGCCAAGUGUGACCACCAAUCCCUUGCCUACACAUUCUACACAUGCAGUUCCUCCUCCUCCUGGUCAUCAGUAGAUUGAUUUGGAUAUUGAGGGUACUGAUGGCAUAUGGUGUUCUGGGAUCUUCCAGGUUGAGGACUUGGGUCAGCCGGCAUGGGCACAUCAUUUUGCAGCGAUUUAGCUCAGAGCACCUUUCAUUUUGAUUUCUGGUCGUCAUCAGAGUCGUUCCCAUUCUGUCGGGUCCAGUGUUUAGCUCAUCAGAGUUGUUUUGUCGAGGCCAGUUUGGUUCAGAGUCGUUGUUUGUAGUUCAUGUUGAGAGUCUAGUCUUUUGUAGUCCUCUAUCGCUUCACACAUGAUGUACUCAUUUGGUUCAUUUAGUGAUAUGAUCUUUUUACUUUGAGUAUGUGUUAUUCUCUUUUCUAAUGAGUAUGUUUUGCAUA